AUGGAGCUUCUUAAAGAGGUUACUAAAGAAGAGGUUAAACAGGUUGUCUUCCAAAUGCACCCUGAUAAGGCUCUGGGUCCUGAUGGUUUUAACCCAGCUUUUUACCAAAAUUAUUGGAGCAUAGUUGGCAAUGAUGUGGUAGUUGUGGUCCGUGAUUUCUUCACUGGCUCCUUCCUUGAAUGCCACGAACAUCGUCUUAAUUCCAAAGAAGAAACAGGUCGAAGUUAUGGGUUAAUCACUGACAAUAUUUUAAUUUCUUUCGAGGUUCUCCAUUAUUUGAAGCGAAAAUCUCAAGGAAAAGAUGGGUAUAUGGCUAUCAAGUUGGACAUGAGUAAAGCUUAUGAGCGAGUGGAGUGGUCUUACUUGGAAGCUAUGAUGACUAGACUGGGUUUCAGCUCCCGUUGGAUUCAGAUGAUUAUGCAAUGCAUCUACUCUGUUCAGUACACGGUGGUUACGGGGGAUAAAGAGUUGGGGCCUAUCUUUCCAUCUCGGGGUCUUAGGCAAGGGGACCCCAUUUCACCUUACCUAUUUCUCAUUUGUGCUGAGGGUCUUUCGAAGCUUAUCACUCAUUUUGGCACUCGAGGAUGGCUUCAUGGUUGUCGUGUGGCGCGGGGGGCUCCUGUGGUUUCUCACUUACUUUUUGUCGAUGAUAGUUACUUGUACUGUCGUGCAUUGGAAGAAGAAGCGACCAAAGUUAACCUUCUGCUUAAGUGGUUUGAAAAGGGCUCAGGUCAACAAGUUAAUCUUGCUAAAUCUUCUGUUUUUUUCAGUACAAACACUUCUGCUGAGUCUAAAAUGAAGAUUUGCCAAAAGUUGGAUAUUUUGGAGGCGGGUUCGGGUAACUUUUACUUGGGCCUUCCUAACAUGCUGGGCAGAAACAAAACGACAAUGUUGGGCUUCUUAAAGGAGAGAAUUCGCAAUAGGAUUGCAGGAUGGGAAGGAAUGUUAUUGUCUCGUGCAGGCAAGGAAAUACUUAUCAAAUCUGUGGCCCAAGCUUUGCCCUCCUAUGCCAUGAAUGUUUUCCUUUUUCCUCUAGAGCUUUGUCAUGACAUUGAGAUUAUGAUGUCUCAUUUUUGGUGGUCUAACUCAUCUACGAAGCGAAAAGACAUUCAUUGGAUGUGUUGGAAUAGGCUUACUCAGCCUCAAAUAGCUGGUGGUAUGGGUUUUCGUAGCAUCCGAGAUUUUAAUCUUGCCCUCUUGAGUAAGCAAGGUUGGAGAUUUCUCAGGAAUCCUGACAAUUUGGUGAGUAAGAUUUUUAAGGCCAAAUACUUUCCUAACUGCUCAUUUUUGGAAGCUGGUUUAGGGAGGAACCCGAGCUUUGUUUGGAGGAGUAUCGUUGCAGCUCAAGAUUUGGUGCGUCAGGGAGCUCGGAAAAGGAUUGGGUCGGGUUGCCAAGUGUCUAUCAAGCAUGAUCCUUGGCUUCCGGAUGAUCAAAAUCCUUUUGUUUCUUCUAAUCACCCUGCUCUUGAAGAUAAACCAGUCUCUAGCUUGUUGAUGGAAGGUGCGAAGGCUUGGGAUGAGGAUGUUCUUUCUUAUUUGUUUAAUGACAGGGAUAGGGAGCUAUUUGCUAAUAUUCCUUUGAGUGUGAACUUUGAGCAGGAUACUUGGAAUUGGGCCAAAGAAACUAAUGGUCAGUUUACCGUUAAGAGUGCCUACAACUGUCUAAAGUGCUUGAAUGGUCAAUGGUGUACAGACACCAGUUCUGGUUUCUGGCACAAGUUAUGGCAGCUAAAGAUUCCUCCUAAAGUACUGUUAACCGAGAUUUUCGGUAACUCUAUUAAUAAAUGUUGUUUAAGGGUAAUUGUAGUGAAAGCAGAAGAUUAA